CACUUCACAAAUCACAUGCCACCAAAAUCCAAUCCCUCUAUAUUACCCAUCUCUCUCUCUCUCUUCAUCUUUCUCUCUAAAUUCUGAAAUCCCUUUUUUCUGAGCAGUUGCUUUCUUUUUCUUAAAUUUUCUUCUACAGGCGAAAAAAAUCUGCAGACAUGAAAGAAGAGUCAAUUUUGCCUAUUUUUGACCUCAACCAGUCCUUUUUCUGUGCAUGGGGCAAGAAAGAAUAUUAAUAGCUCAUCCUUAAGGAAAAAGAUGAACAGUCUAUUUCCUUGAUUUGUUGACAGGAUUUUCCGGCAAAAAGUUAUAUUACAGAAGCUCAAUUAUGGAUCGUUUCCCAAUGAUCAGGUACCACUUUUAGUCUCGUCCCUUUCUUACUUUCUCUCUGAAUUCUAUUUGUUCAUCUUGGAACACACCCCACCAUACCCACUAUCUCAUGAUGCGAUUCACUGAGACCCUACUACCUUCACUCCCCUCUCACCAAAUUUCUCCAUUUUCAAGCUUGAAUAUGGACAUGAAUAAUCAAGUUUAUAAUGCACGGCCAUGGCUUGGUUUUCCCACAUCCAAAUCUUUGGGGAGUUUUGGGGAUGCCAAUGGCAUGGAACAGUUGUUAGUCCACUGCGCCAACGCCAUUGAAACCAACGAUGCAACUCUUGCACAACAAAUUUUGUGGGUUUUAAACAAUAUUGCCCCACCAGAUGGUGACUCGAACCAGCGCCUAACUUGUGGGUUCCUUCGAGCCAUCAUCGCCCGUGCUGCGAAUAGUGGAACCUGUAAAUUGCUCACUACCAUGGCAAAUGUGCACACCAAUCUAGCCAUGAAUAACCACAAAUUCUCUAUUAUUGAACUUGCUAAUUUUGUUGAUUUAACCCCGUGGCAUCGAUUCGGAUUCACUGCGGCAAAUGCGGCCAUAUUAGAAGCUGUUGAAGGGUAUUCAGUAGUUCAUAUAGUUGACUUAAGUAUGACACACUGCAUGCAAAUUCCAACCCUGAUAGACGCCAUAGCCACGCGUUCUGAGGUGGCGCCGCUGGUCAAACUCACGGUGGCUGUACCCACAGAAGAUUUCCCUCCUAUGCUAGAUCUUUCCUACGAGGAAUUAGGCACAAAAUUAGUCAACUUCUCAAGGUCUCGUAAUGUAGUUAUGGAAUUUAGGGCCAUUCCUUCUAGUGUUUCAAACGGGUUCUCUUCUUUAAUAGAACAACUAAGGAUGCAACAUUUGAUACGCGCAGAAAAUGGGGAGGCAUUAGUCAUAAAUUCACAUAUGAUGCUUCAUUACAUACCAGAUGAAACCCUACCAGUGGUUCAAAACACUAGUUCAACUCAAAUUUCCAUCGAAACUUGUUCGAGUAAUUCCUUCCUUCGAUCACUGUUCCUCGAGGCAUUACGAAGUUUGGAUCCGACAAUCAUGAUAUUAGUCGAUGAAGAUGCAGAUUUUACAUCAAACAAUCUAGUGCACAGAUUAAGGUCAGCCUACAAUUAUCUAUGGAUACCCUUUGACACUGUGGACACAUUUCUGCCCCGGGGGAGCAAGCAGAGGCAAUGGUAUGAAGCUGAUAUUUGUUGGAAGAUCGAAAAUGUAAUUGCUCACGAAGGACCUCAGAGAGUUGAAAGGCUUGAACCUAAAAGCAAGUGGGUGCAAAGAAUGAGAAAUGCGGGUUUUCGGGGAAUUUCUUUUAGUGAAGAAGCCAUUACAGAAGUGAAAAGCAUGCUAGAUGAACAUGCAGCAGGCUGGGGACUAAAGAGGGAAGAAGAAGAUGUUGUUCUUACAUGGAAAGGGCACAAUGUUGUGUUUGCUACUGCUUGGCUACCCAUUUGAUGAUACCUUGGCUUGAAAUUAAUGUCAAAUUAUUAGUUUUAGUACAUGUAACUAUAUUUUCUCCCAUGAUGUCUCUAGAUGUACUAAUUACUGAUCAAAUAUGUUUUGUAUGAUCAAGAAUUUUUCUUUCUUACC